UUUACCACGCCCAUUUACAUCCAGUGUACUCUUUCACCCACCCGUUAAAAAAACCCUACGUACCAAUUGAUCCAUAUGAAAUCCUUCAACUUCUGACGAGAUUCAACACGAUCUGGCCAAUAUUUGUUGCAAAAUUUUGUAAAGUCAAUUUUGUUUCUUUUAAAUUUGGGAAUUUUGAUUUGAAAUUGAAAUGGAUGGGAAUAAUUGGGGGGGCCCACAGCAAGGUCAAGCCGGUCAUGUUGCCGGAGCUCCGACCGGGGCUCCGACUGGAACUAUGGAUUCCGGUGAAUGGCGAACUCAACUACUACCCGAUUGUCGUCAAAGGGUUGUCAACAAGAUAAUGGAGACCUUAAAGAGGCAUCUUCCUGUCUCUGGGCAAGAAGGCGUACAAGAACUCAAGAAAAUUGCAAUAAGGUUUGAAGAAAAGAUAUAUAAUGCUGCUACAAGUCAGCAAGAUUAUCUGCGGAAAAUAUCUUUAAAGAUGCUGGCCAUGGAGACAAAAUCUCAGCCCAAUGCUGCAAAUGGUGGUCAGAGUGCCCCUGGCCCAGGAUCCCACAGCAUACAGUCCCAAGUUAACAGCCAAGCACAGCAACUUCCUGUACUGGCCAAUCAAAAUCAAACACGACAACCGCUGAUGCAGCAAAACAUUCAGAACAACAUGGCAUCAACUGGGCUGCAAAAUUCUGCUAGUUUGACUCCCGCACUUCCUCCUGUGAGUAAUUUGACGCAGGGUGCCAUGCAAAAUGUUAGGGGCCAGAAUCCAAAUUUGCAAACUAUGCCAAAUGUUGGUCAAACCUCAGUAGGAAGUGCCAUUGGUCAAGGCAUGCCUCACAAUAUGAUUCCUAAUUCUCAGAGGCAGAUGCAGGGAAGACAACAACAGGUUCUUUCUCAACAGCAACAGCAGCAAUCACAGACAACACAGCAAUAUCUUUACCAGCAGCAGCUGCAGCAGAUGAUGAAGCAGAAAUUUCAGCCGGGAAACACAUCACAGUCCUUGAUGCAAUCUCACAUGCAGCAACAGCAGCAGCUGCAGGACCAGCAGCAACAACAGCAACAGAACCUUCUGCAGCCUACUCAGACACAAUCUUCUCAGCAAGCUAUGAUGCAACCUUCUUCAAUGCAAUCAACUUCUUUGUCCAACCUUCAGCAAAAUCAACAGUCUACCGUUCAACAGCCAACUCAAUCUGUACUUCACCAACGGCAACAAUCAGUUAUGAGACAGCAGGCUCCCAUGCUUCAUCAACAACAAUCGUCAAUGCUACAGCAACCAAUUUUACCAGCGCAACAGCAUCAACAACAGCAACAGCAACAGCAGCUGAUUGCACAACAGACAAAUGUUGCAAACCUCCCGCAGAACCAACUGAUGGGCCGACAGAAUCCGAUGCCUGAUGUGCAGCAGAGGCUAGUGGGCCAACAGAACAACUAUAACAGUCUGCAGCAGCAGCAGUUUAAUCAGCAAAACAACUUUCAAAAUAUGCAUCAGCAGCAGUUGGGGUCUCAAAGUAAUAUUGCUGGGGUCCAGCAGCAACAGUUGUCUGGAAGUCAACAACCUGGUAACUCUGGCUUGACGUCUAAUCAGCACCCUAUCCAUAUGUUGCAACAAUCAAAAGUUCCUGGACAACAACAAAUGCUGCAGGGUGCUACAACCUUGUUACCAAGUCAAGGUCAACAAUCGCAGUCGCAGCCAGCACAACAGCAAAUGAUGUCUCAGAGUCAAUCACAACCAGGACAGUUACAACCACCUUUGGGUUUGCAGCAACAGACGAAUCAAUUGCAAAGGGAAAUGCAACAGAGGCUUCAAACAUCAGCUCCCUUGCUUCAACAGCAGAAUGCAAUGGAACAGCAGAAGCAGCUAUAUCAAUCACAAAGAGCCGCACCAGAAGCCUCAUCAACAUCUUUAGAUUCUACAGCUCAGACGGGAAAUGCAAAUGCAGCAGAUUGGCAGGAGGAGGUUUACCAAAAGAUAAAGUCUAUGAAGGAGAUGUAUUUGUCAGAGCUCAAUGAUCUAUACCAGAAAAUUGCUACUAAAAUGCAGCAGCAUGAUUCUCUUCCUCAGCGUCCUCAAAACGAGCAAAUUGAAAAGCUCAAGAUGUUCAAGAUGACACUGGAACGCAUUGUGCUUUUCUUGCGGCUUAGCAAGCAUGAAAUUCAACUUUCUCACAAGGAGAAACUGCUUUCGGUUGAGAAGCACAUAAGUUUCUUUCUUAGUUCCAAUAGGCCGCGCAAGCCUGCUUCUUCUCCACUGCAGGGGCAACUUCCUCAGUCUUCCAUGCAGCUUCAACAACCACAGUCUCUUGAUGGUCAAACUAAUCCAUCAAUGCAACCCGUACAGGGUUCCAUGGCGGCAAUGCAGGAGAACAAUCUCACCAACUUGCAACAUAAUUCCUUGUCUGGCGUAUGGACAAUUUCCAACUCUCAGCAACAUAUGAUAAAUACAGGACAGCCUGGUUCCAGUGUGGAUUUGGGACAGGGUAAUUCAUUGAACUCACUGCAGCAGGUGGCUACCAGCUCUUUACAACAGAAUCCUGUUAACAGUCCUCAACAAGUUAACAUAAGCUCAUUAAGUUCACAAAGUGGAUCGAACCCUGUGCAGGCAAACUUCGGUUCCCUACAGCAAAAUUCAAACGCCUUGCAACAGUCGCUUCCUAAACAGCACGAGCAGCAAAUGUUGCAGAAUCAGCAGCUAUUGAGACAGCAGUACCACCAGCGGCAGAUGCAGCAGCAAAUUUUUCAUAGACAGCAGUUAAUCCAACUGCAGCAAGCAAAGCAACAGCAGACUGCCCAAUGGCCAGCCCACCAGAUGUCGCAGCUUCACCAGAUGACUGAUGCUAAUGACCUAAAGAUGAGGCAGCAAAUGGGAAUGAAAGCAGGAGUUUUACAGCAACAGCAGUCAGUUGGCCAGCGUGUUGGAUCUCAUCAUCCACAAUUGAAGUCGGGAAUAUCUUCACCUCAAGUCCAUCAGGCACUAUCUCCUCAGGUUACCCAACAUCCUUCUCCUCAAAUUGACCAGCAAAAUAUGUUGGCAUCUCUUACCAAAGCGGGGACUCCUCUCCAAUCCGCAAGCUCACCAUUUGUUGUCCCAUCUCCUUCAACUCCCUUGGCUCCAUCUCCAAUGCCAGGGGAUUCUGAAAAAGUUAGUGCUGGCCUUGCAUCACAUUCCAUAUCUGGAAAUAUAAUGCAUCAGCAAGCUACUGCUGCUUCUGCACCUGCCCAAUCCCUUGCAAUUGAUACUCCUGGGAUAUCAGCCUCACCUUUGCUUGCAGUGUUUACUCCUCUAGAUGGUACACAUGCUAAUGGCUCAGCUGCUGAUUCUGGCAAGUCAAGUGUUGAACAACCAUCGGAACGCUUGAUGAAGGUGGUUAAAAACAUGUCCGCCAAAGCAUUGAAUUCGUCUGUUAGUGACAUCAGUUCGGUGGUCUGUAUGAUAGAUCGAAUAGCAGGAUCUGCAUCAGGAAAGGUUGUGGUAGUUUCGGUACUGCUACUUCUGGUAUUGUUAGGUUCGGUUUUAGUUUUGAUGGAUUGAGUUCUGGUACUAAACUUUACGAGCGUUUAGCGCAUGCAGGGGCGGAUUUACAUGGAGGGGUAUGGGUUCACGUGAAUCCAUCACCCCUUCCUAGCUUAUGUAAAGUACUGCAAUUAUUCUGAUAAAUUAUUUAAAUUUGAUGUGGAAACCCAUACUAAA